AUGUCCAAUACUAGCAGCCCGAAAAGCCGGUCCCCGCGAUCGCCCCAGGAUCCGUCGGCAGCGGUUAACGAAACAAUUGCAGUUGACAACCAUCCUCAAGAUGAGGAAGAGGACUUGACUUUGGGAUCUGACGCUGAGAGCUCUACGGCCUCUAUUUCAUCGAGCAUUCUUAAUUAUCGUACGAUUAAUGGCAGGACUUUUCACAGUGAGAGAGGAAAUGCAGCGUACUGGGGAUCGAACGAUGAGCGCCAAAGUGAUGCCAUGGAUAUCGCGAUACUACCCAGUCACCACAUAUGGACACUUGCCCACGAUGGAGAACUAUACUUUGCGCCUCUGGACGAUAAUAUACAGAAAGUUCUUGACAUCGGGACUGGAACUGGUAUUUGGGCCAUUGACUUUGCGGAUAAAUUCCCUGGAUGCGAGGUCACCGGUACCGAUAUUUCGCCCAUCCAGCCUGGCUGGGUUCCACCCAACCUGAAAUUCGAGAUCGAAGAUUGCACCCAACAGUGGACCUUCCCAACUGACUCAUUCGAUUAUGUCCACCUUCGUUAUCUCGUCGGCUGCAUUCCAGACUGGACAGAGCUUUUCAGUCAAGCAUACAAGACCCUCAAGCCUGGUGGCUGGGUUGAGAGCUUUGAAAUUUCCCCAACUGCAGAAAGCGACGAUGGCACCGUCACAUAUGACUCUGCAAUGGCUCAAUGGGGAAGGAUUUUCAUCCAGGCUUCGGAGAAGAUCGGUAAUAGCUUUACCGUUGUCGACGAUAAAGUCCAGAGGCCCGCUUUGGAAGAGGCUGGAUUCGUUGACAUUCACGAGUGGGAGUUCAAGUGUCCCUUGAACCCGUGGCCCGCGGAUCCGAAGCUUAAGGAGAUUGGUCGGUUUGGAGAGGUCUUCCUUACGCAGGAUACUGAGGGUUUCGUGACGUUAGCUGCCAAUCUAUUGGGCUGGUCAAUGGAGGAGGUCCACGUUUAUAUCGCCAAAUUCCGACGUGAGGUUCGGAACCGGAAACAUCAUGUCUAUAUUCGUCUCAGAGCUGUCUGGGGACGGAAGCCGGAAACGAAAGAGGAGCCGACGCCUGCAUAA